GAACUGCACGUUGUUGUGGAUGGGAGUUGUGGUGUCACUCGCCUCCGAGCGCAUCUCUGAGAGGAACAAAGGCGAAACGACAACAAAAGCACGCGAUCUGUGUUAUCUUCUGUCAAGAACGGUUUAUUGUUUUGGAAGCUUUUUGGGCUGCUGGAAUGACGUAAGAGGACAUGUUUUCGGACAGUGAGGAUUUUUUUCUCACGCUGUUUUGGACGAGCACGCGUGGAUAUACAACCUUAUAAACUCACAGCGGAUUGGAGAAAGUUACAUACAUGGAUGCAUUAUGACAGCAUUACUAACAUUGUAACACUGACGCCCCAGCAAUGAAUAGUAGACUACGUCUAGGUUUCUAUUAUUUGAUCGUGUUGUACAAUAAACAGUACAAUAAAACUUAAAAGCCGAAGAGGGCUGCAAACCUCAUGCACUUCUAUACAUUAAUAGCCGAUUUUGACAAAGAAAGAAUGCCUGGACGCUACAGGACGGAUCUGUUCACGUGUAUGAUACUCUACCUGUUAACAUGCACUGAUGGAUCAUACUCCAAAACCUGUGAUGACAAUUGCAUCUUUGGAAAGUGUAUUAAUGCAACUUGCGUCUGUCACAAGGGAUGGGUUGGGGAUCAGUGUCAGCAUUGCCAAGGAAGAUUCAGGUUGACAGAAUCAUCGGGAUCACUUACUGAUGGACCAGUUAACUAUAAGUACAAGACGAAGUGUACUUGGCUCAUUGAGGGAUUCCCAAAUGCUGUCCUUAGGUUGAGGUUCAACCAUUUUGCCACAGAAUGCAGUUGGGACCACAUGUAUGUCUUUGAUGGAGACUCAAUAUACGCACCAUUGGUAGCAGUUUUCAGUGGCCUGGUUGUCCCAGAAACUAAAGGUAAUGAAACAAUCCCAGAGGUGGUGACCACAUCUGGAUACGCAACAUUGCACUUUUUUAGUGACGCUGCCUACAAUCUUACAGGAUUCAACAUCUUGUAUUCGAUAAACUCCUGCCCUAAUAACUGUUCGGGUCAUGGGAGGUGUUCUACAAGCAACUCAAUCUCCAGCAGUGUUUUCUGUGAGUGUGAGAGAUACUGGAAAGGUGAGGCCUGUGAUAUUCCCUACUGCUUAGAUGAUUGUGGGAGCCCUGACCGAGGAUACUGUGACCUCACUGGAGAGAAGCUCUGUGUCUGCAAUGACAGCUGGCAAGGUCCAGAUUGUUCUUUGAAAGUCCCUUCUGCUGAGCCAUACUGGUUUUUGCCUAACGUGAAGCCUGAUGGACAGUCACUAGGUCGAGCUUCCCAUAAAGCAGUGGUGCAUGAGAAGCUGAUGUGGGUGAUUGGAGGUUUUACCUUUAACUACAGUUCCUUCCAAAUGGUUAUAAAUUAUAAUUUGGAGAGCAGCACAUGGGAUGUGGUGCCAAUCAACAGUGGUCCCAUGGCACGCUAUGGACACUCUGUGGCUCUCUACAAAGAUGAUAUCUUCAUGUUUGGCGGGAAGCUGGAUGGAGGCGCUGGGAACGUCACGGACGAACUGUGGGUGUUUAAUAUACUCAGUCGAUCCUGGUCCCUUAGGACUCCCAACUCCGUGGCGCAGGCCCAACAUUUUGCUGUGGAGGGACACAGUGCGCACACUGUGGUUAACAGAUACGGAGAGCCCAUCAUGGUGGUGCUUUUUGGCUAUUCACCCAUUUAUAGCUACCUGAGCCACGUCCAGGAAUAUAACAUUCGCACUAACUCCUGGUCAAGAGCAGAGACGAAUGGGGCGCUUGUACAGGGAGGAUAUGGCCACAGUAGUGUCUUUGACAGCACUUCAAAUUCCAUAUAUGUUCACGGAGGAUACAAAGCCCUCCCUGCCAACAAAUACGGCCUAGUGGAUCACUUAUACCGCUAUCAGGUCCACACACGCACCUGGUUUAUCCUGAAGCAAAGCGGCCUGGCGAGAUAUCUCCACUCUGCUGUGCUGAUCAGUGGAGUUUUGCUGGUGUUCGGGGGAAACACUCAUAAUGACACCGCGCUCAGCAACGGGGCCAAAUGCUACUCCUCCGACUUCCUCUCCUAUGACAUUGCAUGUGAUGAGUGGACAGUUAUGCCAAAGCCAAAUCUUCACCGUGAUAUGAAUCGUUUUGGACACACAGCCGUUGUCAGUAAUGGUUCGAUGUAUGUAUUUGGUGGUUUCUCUGGUGUGAUUCUGAAUGAUGUGCUGGUGUAUAAACCUGGCAUCUGUGAGGCUUUACUGGAGGUGGCUCUUUGUCAGAACGCGGGCCUUGGCAUCCGCUGUGUCUGGGUCAAUGAACGCUGUGUUUCAUGGGACUCCAGCUAUGCCGAUGGCAGUGUCUCUGCCUCUUUCUGCCCUGCACGGAGCACUGAUGCUGGUAAGCAGUGUUACCAGUACUCUGACUGUACUUCCUGUACGGCCAACACCAACGACUGCCACUGGUGUGAAGAUAAGAAGUGCAUCUCUUCUCUAAGCAACUGUACUGUGCUGACAGUUGAGCUUGCCCGUCACCCUCGAGGUCCCCUAUAUCUCAACCCUCCGCCCGCCAUGCUUUCUGAGCACCAUCUUUCCGUCUGGAGACCUGGUAUCCGCAGAAACGGCCAGUCUGUAAAGAAUUUUACCAAAUGCAGUGUUCGUACUGAACCUGUUUGUAGCAGGCUGGUGAACUGCAGGAGUUGCUCUCUAAACAUCAACUGUCAGUGGGAUGCACAGCAGCAAGAAUGUCAUGCACUGCCUGCACAGCUGUGUGGGGAGGGCUGGAAUCAGAUUGGAAAUGCGUGUCUCAGGCUGAAUUCCAGUAAGGACAGUUAUGAUAAUGCUCAACAUAACUGUAAGAACCUGGAUGGCAAUAUCGCUUCUUUAACUUCAAGCAGACAGGUGGACUUCAUACUGGAAGAGCUACAGAAAUAUCAGCUGCAGGGAAGGAAGCUAACUCCAUGGGUGGGUCUCAGGAAGAUAAAUGUUUCAUACUGGGGGUGGGAGGACACAUCUCCAUUUACUGCCAGCACACUGCAGUGGUUACCAGGGGAGCCAAGUGACUCCGGAUUCUGUGCAUACCUGGAAAGAGCUGAGGUAGCCGGUCUCAAAGCCAAACCCUGCACGGCCAACACUGAGGGGCUGAUCUGUCAAAAGCCACUUGUGAACCCCAACCUCAGUGUGCGCUCAUGUAAGAUGCCCUGUGCCUUACGGACCACCUGCUCCAACUGCACCAGCCAGGCCAUGGAGUGUAUGUGGUGUGGCAGCACCAAGCGCUGUGUGGACUCGAACGCUUACGUCAUCUCUUUCCCCUACGGCCAGUGUCUGGAGUGGCAGACUGGAGACUGUGGCUCUCAAAACUGUUCAGGUCACCGUACAUGUGCUCAGUGCCUGGAACAGCCUGAGUGUGGAUGGUGUGGAGACCCCACGGACACGGGUCAGGGUCAGUGUAUCGAGGGAUCGUACCGUGGACCGAUGAGAAGCCUGAGCAAGCAGAGUCAAGAGAUGGUAUUGGACACCAGUUUAUGUUCAAGGGAAAAGGGCUAUGACUGGUCAUACAUAACCUGUCCAACAUGUCAGUGUAAUGGGCACAGUACGUGUGUUAAUGGCAGCGUGUGUGACCAGUGCAAGAAUCUCACAACUGGGCCGCAAUGCCAGACCUGUCUGCCUGGUUACUAUGGAGAUGCCAGUAAUGGAGGAAAAUGCCAAGCUUGCAGAUGUAACAACCAUGCAAACGUCUGCCACUCCAGCUCAGGGAAAUGUUACUGUACUACUAAAGGAGUGAAAGGAGACCAGUGCCAACUAUGUGAUUCUGAAAACCGCUACCUUGGCAACCCACUAAGAGGAACAUGCUACUAUAAUCUUCUGAUUGACUAUCAGUUCACCUUCAGUCUUCUUCAGGACGAUGAUCAGCACUACACAGCCAUUAAUUUUAUGGCAACACCGGAAGAGACCAACAAGAACUUGGAUAUGUCUAUUAAUGCUUCCAACAACUUCAAACUCAACAUCACAUGGUCUCUAGGCUCCACAGCGGGUACGAUCUCAGGAGAGGAGUUCCCCAUUGUGUCCAAGACUAACAGCAGAGAGUACAGAGACAGCUUCUCGUAUGAGAAAUUCUCUUUCAUUGCAAAUCCCAACAUCACUUUCCAUGUCUACGUCAGCAACUUUACAUGGCCAAUCAAAAUACAGAUAUCGUUCUCUCAGCACAGCAGCAUCAUGGACCUGGUUCAGUUCUUUGUCACAUUUUUCAGCUGUUUCCUGUCCCUGCUGCUGGUUGCUGCCGUGGUUUGGAAAGUCAAACAGACGUGCUGGGCAUCACGGAGGAGAGAGCAACUCAUGCGAGAGCGCCAGCAGAUGGCCAGCCGUCCAUUCGCCUCUGUAAUUGUGGCACUGGAGACUCCAGAGGAAGAGGAGGAGCUUUUGCAAGACCAGGUGGAGGCUGAUCCUAUAGCUUUGGAACCAUGUGCAGGUGGUUGUGCUGCUGUUCAAACACUGCUGAUGAGUCUUCCACAGGGAUCUUCUUGCAUUCCUCCCCCCGGCCAGUGUGGCAUUACCAUAGCCAGCGCUCUCAUUGAUACCUCUCAGCAGAGGGCUGGGGACUUCAAAGACAAGUGCUUGAAUUUAAAAAGCCGCAAACAGCAGCACACGAUGCACCAGGGAACCUGCGUUUGAACCGGUCGACCGAACUCACCUGAACGCCCAGGUGAUUUUUUUUACCAUCCUCUUCUCCUUCUUUCACUCUCUGCCAGUGGAAGGAGAUGGGGUUGAAGCUCUUGAAGUGUAAAUCAUAGCGGAGGGUUAAGACAUUAGUAGUCUGUGUGUGGCUCCUCCUGAAUUCAUGCUCCAUAGUGGAGCACAUGUGCCCUCAGUUUAGCUUGAACCUCUGUAGAGGAGACCUGCGUUUUUAUUGCACCCACUGGGUUUUUGUUAUCAGCAAGUGUUUCUUUAAAGGGAGAGGGGUGUGUAUAGAUAAAAUCACACAGAUCUAAAAUAGGAACAGGAUUCAGGCUAUAGAAUUAGCUGCGAUAGUUGUACUAUCUCUUCACUUAUUUAUAGGCAUUCAAAAACACCUGACUCUACUUUCAAGAUUUUUUUUUAAGGAACAUAAAACAUUUUAUUGAAAUGUCUGUUUGAGCUGUCAACUUUGUGAUUAUACUUAUUUUAGCCAAGCAUUACAUUUGCUUCAUAAGAUGUUUUGCUCUGGGUGGAAUUAGUCGUUUUGAUUUGUUUUUGUUUUUUGUUUUUGGGGGGGGGGGGGUCAGUCACAACUGAAAUGUAUUAACUACCCCUUUAGAGCACUUAGUCAGGACAUAACAGUUUAUUCUUCAAUAUUCUUUGCGGAUAUGUUUUUCUAAACACUACCUCCAUCUGCCAUUGGUGAAGUAAACAAAUAGUUUUGCCCUAAACUCGCACCAUUGUUUAAGCCAGUGCUGCAAACAAACUCAAACAAACACACAGUGUUCAUCCUUUUCAGAUGACUCAAGCUAUAUUUUUAUGUAAAAUUAUUUUUAAGAAAUAAUUUAACAUCAAACAAAUCAUCUUUAGGCUAGUUUUAAGGGCACGAUGUGAUUGGUUAUAGAUCUUCUUUGGUUGUUGAUAUGGAACUGCAUCUUCCAUAACUGAUACUUCACUUAUUCAGUCAUUAUUUUAAAAACUUAAAUUUUCAUUGUAUUUUACAAAAUCUUGUAUUUGUUAAUGUACAUACUUUACUGUAAAAGUGUACUGUAAAAUAAAACUGCAGUGUAAUUUAAUAUAUCUGUACAUGUCUUAACUCAAGUGUUGCUUAAUAUGUUAAUAAAGCCAAGGGUCAUUUGAUCUGAAUUUAACUGUAAAAAAUCUUUUUUAUUAACUCAGAUUUACAAGUCAUGUCAACUUACUAUUAUUUAUCUUGACAAGAGAUGAGUUGCUACAACUUUUUUCAACUGUAUUUUAUGAGUUAUAACAACUUAUCUGUAGUUAUAACAACUCGAGAUAAAUUGUAGUAAGUUCAAAUGAUUUGUAAAUCUGAGUUGAUUCAACAAAAUAAUUUAAGGCAGCAAAGUAUUUUUUACAGUGUUGGUUUGUUUCAUAUUUAUCUAGAUCAGUGGUUCUCAAACUUUUUUAGCGUGCGGCCCCCCUUGUGUACCACGCAUUCCUUUGCGGCCCCCCCAAAGAAAAUUUAUGACAAGAAACUGUUCUAAAACUCAACUUUUAAUUAAACAAAACAUAUUAAAUGAUAGAAAGUAUUGCUGUUGGUUAGUAGCCUUAUUUUUUUAGGUUUAAUUGCACAGAAUUCAUGAAAAAUGUAUUUAUUUUAUAAAAUGUCAUAAAUCUGGGGCACCCCUGGCACCAUCUUGCGGCCCCCCUGGGGGCCCCAGACCCCAGUUUGAGAACCACUGAUCUAGAUUGUCACGCAUUGAACAUUUUAUAGCUUUUUGUCUUAGGCAUUUGUUUUAAUCAGGGUUCCCGCGGGGUCUUAAAAAGCCUUAAAAGCAUUGAAUUUAUGAAUUUGGAAAUAAUACCUUAAAAAGACUUAAAAAAGUCUUAAAUUUUGAUGUCUGGGUCUUAAAAAUUGUGCUGUAUGUAACUUCUCCAUAUUGUAUUUUUCCUUAAAAGUUUCUUUGUCAACCACAUUUUGAUUAAAUCAGGGAUGCAAACACAUCGCUUUUCGGCGCCUGCGGCUUUUAAUUAUUAAUGGCAUUUUGGUUGCGAGCACAUCGUGUCUCUCCCGAUGAGUCUGCUGUAUGUUCACAUGCUCUCUGUUUCUCGAUGAAUUGGGUGCGACAUGAAGCGAGUUCAGCGUCACAUGUUUCUGAACUUGAGCAGAGUUGUAUGCAUAGAGGUUUUCACGGAGGACCGGGUCCGAUUAACAUUGUGUAAAACUCGAGGCGAUCGGAAAACGGCCGUGAUCAGAGUCUGUCAGCGCUAAUGUUCACGUGAAGUUUCAAGCUGCGUGCCUCCGUUUCUGUUGCGAUAACAACUGGCUUGGUUUGAAAGUCACGACGACCACGCGCUGCAGUUUCUUUCUCCGUCCCUUUGUUUAAUAAUAUUAUUAUUAAUGAACCAUCUUUUUAUAUCUAAAAAGUUUGCUCAAAGAUCACAGAGAUGGUAGCAAAAAAGAAAUGUGAAUGUCAAGCCCAUUGCACGAGCAAAGCUCAAGCUGACUCUAGAUAUAAAAAACGCAAAGCUCUAAUAUAAAGUCACCAGUCACUGGGACAGCAAGUAGACUUUUGAAUCUAAAAUAAUUUUUAAAAAAUAAAUAAAGUGGAUAAAGCUCUUUUAAUCUGCAAGAGAGGCACUUUUAAAAAAGGAAAGAAAACUACAUAAACCAUAACACACCGAUUACAUUUAUAAUCUCUAGACCUGCACUUUCUAUCAUUAAUAUACUAUACAUAUUAUUGUAUUCAAAAGAGUUUGAUAAAAGGGGUCAUCUACACAAAGUAUUGCUUCAUAUGUCAGUGCAAAAACAGUAAAGUGUUUUGUGAUGCUUUGACAAACAUUGUCAGCUUUGUUAAUUUAUGGUUGGAUUUAUGAAAUAUAAUGUGAAAUUAAUAUAAAUGAAUGCAGCCAGAUGGAAGGUCCUGGAUACGUUGCAGGAGGUGGCCAGGAAGAAGAGGAAGAAGGAGUAAAGCAAGAAGAAGUGCUAGAUAGUUCAAUAAGAGUUUUGGUUUAACAUAAAAAAUGAAAUUGAAUAUUCCAAAUUAAUGUCUGCGUAUUUUGAUUUUCGAAUUUCAUUUUACUCUAUACAACUAGGUUGGUAGGGAUGGCAGGGGUCGGUGGCAAUGUAGCCUAAGUAUCUGGAUAUUUGCCUGGGUGUGAGGGCUUAGAUUACCUUUCUCUUUUUUGAACAUACAUGUGUUUGCAUCUCUGUUUGUUUAAUAACGUAGUAUAAAUAAACAAUGGCGGAUCCAAUAAUUGAGAACGCAUCAAAGUCCCGGGUCACAGUACAAAAUACUGCGAACACCUGAUGCCUUCAGUAAAUGAAGAUCACCACAACCAUAGACUGCAACACAACACAGCAACAGGCAAAGGAGAAGCGGGAAAAAUCAAAGAAAAUCUCAGAAAUUCCUUAAUAACUUAACAUUGUUUGGCAAACUUUCUUGUGGCCUACCGAAAAAAAAAAAAUUCACACCUGCUUGGCUUAUCAUCUUUUUAACCAUUUCACAUCGGAAAAAUAAAUGAACACAAGUUCAAGGAUUUUAGUUUUUCUUUGCUGGUAGGGACGUGAAAUGGGUAUUAAUUUUUUAUAUAAAUGGUCUUAAAAAGGUCUUAAAAAGACUUGAAUUUAACUUGAAGAAACCUGUAGGAACCCUGUUUAAUAUUGUGUCAACUCAAAAAUGGCCCUAAAAGGGUUGUUGUGUGAGGUUGGUUUUGCUUGUGUUUUUUUUUUCAUAAUAUUAUCACAACCAAAAUCUGUGAUGCUAAAAUCCUUUGUAUUUUUGCUGAUUUUUAAAGUGUUACAUUAUUAUUUCUGUAUAUGUCUGGUCACUUUACCUGAAAUUUUCUAACCUAAACUUUGGAUGAGACACAAACAUCCAUCUGUGGACAGAUUUUUAAGAUUUCACCAUUUUGUACUUUGGUUAAACAGUGUGCAGUGGAUAACAAAUGUCAACAAUUUAGAUUAUACUUUCUCUCUCCAUGUAAAUAUAAAUAAUUUUGUGUUAGCAUACAUCUGAUGUAUUUAUUGCUCAUUUGGAUGUUAGACUCAUUUGCACUACUGCACAGGAGUGCAAUAUUACCGCACUGCAGAAACAAUAUCUUUGUGAUGUGUUUUAUUUAUUUAUUAUUUGCAUACUUGAGUCAUAACCUAUGAGAAGGUGACAUUAAAUACGUACGUGAAUUGUUUAAAUGUUAAGUCUGACUGCAUUAUGAAAUGUAUACCUUAUGCAAAAUUAAAGAGCAG